AUUCCUUUGAAGAAUCUCAGUGAUGACUAGAUUCAAUUUAUAAAUUAGAUUCAUGUUUUUUUUAAUUUUCCAAAAUAAUUUACUAUUUUUGGAGUAUCGAAUUUCUCACUAACAUUCUGAAAAUUUGACUUGCGAAACGUCGCCUGAUGAUUGGUUAAAAAGGCAUGGACUGCUUUCUUCUUGAAAAUGACUUUCCAAAGCCUCCCCACAUUACAUGCAAUGGAGUCUGAUACGGCUGUUAAACUUUCUGGAGUUCAAGCUAUUUUGGAUCAACUAGGUUUUGGAUGGUAUCAAGUUCGUGUCAUUAUAAUCAUCGGUAUGGCUCAAGCGACUGAUACCAUGGAAACUUUAAUUCAAGCAAUUCUUGGGCCUACACUACGAUGUGAAUGGAACAUGAGUUCGGAUUAUGUUGCUCUUCUUACCACUCUAGUAUUUUUGGGUAUAUGUAUAGGUUCUCCACCGAUAGGAUAUUUAUCAGAUAGACUCGGACGUAAAGAUUUGAAUGUUGUUUGUUGUCUUGCACUUAUUCACAUGACAUGGUUAUGUGCUAUUUCACCAACAUAUACGUGGUUAGCAACUUUGCGCUUUAUAUCAGGUCUAUACAUUGGGGGCUUACUAACAGCUGGUUGUUCAAUGAUAUCAGAAGUGCUACCAGAAAAUUACCAAGCUACUGGUCAAUUACUUGUUUGUUUUUUUGAUUCUUUUAUUGCUCUCUAUGUAACUGGUAUCGGACUUGGAUGUUCUGUAGCAAAACUUAGUUGGAGAUUUUUUAUAUUAUUUACAACAGCACCCCUGUUGUUAUGUGCAUUAGGCUUAGCCUAUUUCAUACAAGAAUCACCCAUACUAUUGGCUCAGUGGGGAAAUUAUGAAGAGGCAGCAAAUGUUCUGGAUGAGAUUGCAAAAUGCAACGGUCGAAUUCCAUCGAAAAGCAUUACAGAUAAUGAAAAUAAUGACCACAGUAAUGAUAACCAUUCAUCGAACAAAUCAUGUACUUUUCUAAAUAACAUGCUGACGAUUGAAGAAAAUCAAAAUUGUGCUAAUACAACACCAACAUUUAAAAAUACCAUGAAACUUAUUUAUAAUCAAUAUGCUCUAGCAACGCCUUUACUAAUUGCAAUUAAUUUUAUCUGGGGAAUGAUUAUUUAUGGUGGGACUACACUGCUUCCGGUUGAACUGCCAUCAACUCCAAGAACAUGCUUACAAUCGAUAUAUAAUGGUGUAACCCAAUUACCGAAUAGUGUGGAUGGAAACUCUGGGAUACGCAAUGAAGACUGUUGUCUACCGUUAACUGAGGAGGGUUAUAUCUCAUUAUUAUCUUCAAUGAUUGGCAGUGUACUUAGUUUCCCUAUAGCGUUAACUUUAAUUAUGACUAUUGGACGAAAAUGGACAAUUAAUACGUGUUUCUUUUUAACUGCUUUACUUAUAUUCAUUGAAGCCUUCUGUAUGCCCUCGAAAGUUCUACGGUUCUUCUUCUUCACUACACGUGCUGUAGCUUCUGCAGGGAAUAAUGCUACAGCAAUCUACAUCACUGGAUUAUAUAUACCACGUAUACGUAGUUUUGUAUUCGGUGUCAUGUCAACAUGUUUUCGUAUCGGUGUUCUAACCUCACCAUAUUUAGGUCAAGUAUUUCUACAGAAUGUAUCAGCCCUGGGUGCUGUAUUAAUAUUCUCUACGCUUGCCCUACUUGGCUUUAUAUUCAGCAUAUUUCUUCCACAUGCUGGUGAUACACAACAUUACGCAGCUCAGGCACUGAGAAAAGAGAUAUUUCGUAAUAUAUUUAAAUGUCGACGAGGGAUAAUAAGACCCAAACACAAUGGAGAAACUAUGACAGCACACACAACAGUAGCGUCGAUGACAAAUCCAGCUUACAUACAUAACGAAGGUGAUGAUAUAUCAGCUGACAACGGAGGAAGAGAAGAAGCAGGAGAAGUUGGUGAACAGAGAAGAGAACAGGUGAAGCAGGUGAACAGAGUAAAGAUGGACUAGCUGUUUUAACAAUUGAACCAAUUCCAAGCAACACCAUUGAAGAGGUUGUAAUUCUACCCAAUGAAAUUGUACUAACACCAUCUGAUCAAGCAUGAAAUCGAAGAAUAAGAAUAAGGAUUAUACAUAUUCUACCCUAGUAUGUUUGCAUUUAUUCACUCACGCCUCCCCUGACGUGUAACACACACAGCUUGAUAAUCAUUACAAAACAAACAUAUCAACUGAAGAAGACAAUAUUUUGUAGAGUAUGAAUGGAUUAAAGCAUACCUCUGCCAUCACAGCUACACACAUAUAUAUAUAUAUAUAUACUCUCUCAUCAGACGAACACAAACUAACGAAGCAUGCCGGUUAUUUUGAUGAAAAAUAUUCUAAUCUUGAGAAUCAUGGGCAAAUUCACAUCAUAUAUAUUUAUACAUCUAUAACCAUGACAAAAAGUAUAUAUAUAUAUAUAUUACAUAUUUUUUCUACAACGAAAUUAUUAUGACUACAACAAAGAAUCAUACAAUAUUUAUGUUUUUGUAUUUGUUUUGUAAAUCAGAUGAUAAAAUUCAUGUCAUAAGGUGUAUGAUUAGAGAAUUAUUAAUUACACUAUUAUUACUAUUAUGAAAACAUAAG